CCAGCGUGUUUGAAGGUUUAAAGAGGCGCAUAAUAUAAGACCGGAAGUUUUCAACAGCUAAAUACUUUGAGCUGCUCUAUCAGUAGGAUGGUGUUGGGACUAAUCUUCUUUCAGUUUAUACGGAGAAAGUGACACAAUGAUUUGACUACUAUGAGAUACAUUAUUUUCUUGAUUUUGUUGUUGCUAAAUAUCAUACAAGCGGCUAAAAGUCACUUGGAUCUGACCUGGGCUCAAGGGUCCAUCAAGAACAGAUCAAGCAGGGAUGUUUCCUGCAAAGACGGCCUGGAGUAUGGACAUGAUAACAUCUGCUGCCUGAACUGCCCUGCUGGAACCUAUGUGAAAAAGGCUUGCCUCAAUGCUUUAGAAAAAGGAGUGUGUGAACCGUGCGAGUUUGACACAUACACUGAGCAUGACAAUGGACUGUGGAAGUGUUUAUCGUGCACCAAGUGCCGUAUAGAUCAGGAAACCACAGAGAAAUGCACAAGUACCCAGAACACAAAGUGCCAGUGCAAACAGGGGUCAUUUUGCUUACCUGACCAGGCAUGUGAGGUGUGCAAGAAAUGCAGCAGAUGCGAGGAUGAUGAAGAGACUGUAAAAGGCUGUACACCCAUUUCCAACACAGUUUGUAGAAAGAGCCCUACAGGGCCUCCUACAAGCUCCAUCUCCGUGAUUUUCAUUAUUGGGCCAUUAUUUGCAAUGCUGGUAUGCAUUGCGGGCAUCGUCUACUGCACAAAGUCUAAACCAUGUAACAGAGCAGUAACAUCAAGAAGUCCAAGGGAAAUGGUUAAGAUUUGUAUGGGUGACAGUGAGGAGGUGACAGAGGAGAGGCAGAAUGCCCAGAACUCCAAGAUCGAUGACUCUUCUCAGCUGCAGCCAUUUCUUGAGCAAAACUAUACGGUGGGUACACAUGUACCUGCUUUAUCAGAGAUGGAGAAAGACAGGGGACUAGGGGACAGCCUCCCCAACACCGCCAACUCUUCACAAACUAGUCUGGCCAUGUCUGCUGUGCCUAGUAACCUCCAGCCCCUCCACACUAACCAGCCUCCAAGCUCUGCAAUUACCUGGCAGCCUCACACUUUGGAACGAGAGUCAUCAAGAAGACUCGUUCCUUUGAACGGAGAGGAAUCGUUGAAGAAAACGUUUGAUUUCUUUGAAGAAAUGGAUGUCCACUAUCAUAACAGAUUCUUCAGGUUCAUUGGACUGAGUGAUAAUGCAAUCAAAAGUACAGAGCCUCUUAUUCCAGAAGACAGAGUUUAUGAACUGUUAAAAAUCUGGAUGGAAAAGGAGGGAUUGAAGGCAGAUUUCAACAGUCUUAUUGAAGCAUUAAUCUAUUUAGACCAAAGGCUGUCAGCAGAAAAUAUUGUUACAAAGGCUAUUAGUAAUGGUUACUUUAAAUAUGAAGAUGAGUGACUGAAGGUAUGCUUUUUAUUUUUAUUUUGUGCAUAGCUGACCUUAUGUAGUGUUAUUUCCCAACUAUUACAAAAUGGAAGGUGUUUCACUGACAUAAUAUUUAUUAUGCUGGCCAGUAAUGUGCAAAUGUUUAGAAAAGACCAAUGCUAUGCUGUUUGUUUACAGACAUUAGUUACAUUUGGAGAAAAAAAUGAUAUUUAAGACUUAUAAUAUUAAGAAAUGUGUAGUGCUACUAUUAUUGUGGUUGCAUUUUUUCCCCCAUUUUGUAGACAAAAUUGUUUUGCAUUAUGAUCUUGAAUAAUGUUACCAUAUGUCAUGAGAAUUAUUUUGUGAAUUAAUAAAAGCUAUUCAUUUGUA